AUGCUUCUCAGACUACCGAAGUAUCUACAACUUCUCAAUGUGAAUAAACAAUUAUCAUUACAACAAAUGAGGUGUUUCAAUGCUAGCAGCAAGUCGAAUAUCAAUAUAUUGGGAAUCGAAACUUCUUGCGAUGAUACAGGCUGUGCUAUUAUUAAUGAACAAGGCAAACUGUUGUCAGAAACUUUGUAUUCUCAAAAUUUAAUGCACUUGAGGAAUGGAGGCAUCAUACCAGAUAUAGCACAAGAUCUUCAUAGGACUUACAUAAAACCAACUGUAGACAAAGCUUUAGAAGAAGCAAAAUUAUCAAUGGAUGAUAUUACAGCUAUUGCGGUUACAUUAAAACCAGGUCUUCCACUUAGCUUAGCAGUGGGCAUGAGGUAUGCAAAGCAUUUAGCUCGUCGUUUCAAGAAACCAAUAAUACCUAUACAUCACAUGCAAGCACAUGCCUUAGUAGCAAGGAUGCAUCAUAAUAUAAAUUUUCCUUAUUUGGUACUAUUAAUAUCAGGAGGUCACUGUUUAUUAGCUGUUGUUCAAGAUGUUAAUAAUUUUAAAUUGCUAGGUGAAAGCAUAGACUGUGCUCCUGGUGAAAUUUUUGAUAAAGUUGCUAGACGGAUGAAAUUAAGAAAUUUACCAGAGUAUUCAAAAAUUUGUGGAGGACAAGCUGUGGAAAUAGCAGCAUCUAAAGCAACAAACCCUCACCAGUUUAAACUACCUCUACCAUUGGCAGAAUGCAAGGAUUGUAAUUUCAGCUUUAAUGGCUUAAAAACAUCAGUUCUUUUUAAUUUACACAAAAAAGAACAAGAACACAACACUGUGGCCCACAAACUUAUACCUGAAAUAAAUGAUUUGUGUGCAGCUAUGUUAAUGGCCGCUACAAGACACCUAGUACAUAGAACACAAAGAGCUAUGAUGUUUUGUCAAGAAAGAAAUCUGAUACCACAAGAAAACCAACUGCUAAUAGUGUCGGGUGGGGUGGCAUGUAACAAUUACAUAUUUAGUGCUUUACAAAUGUUAUGCAAUGAGAGCUCUUAUGAAAUUUAUAGACCAGCACCCAAGCUAUGUACAGAUAAUGGCGUCAUGAUAGCAUGGAAUGGAUUGGAAAAAUGGAGGAAGGGUUUAGACAUCAUUACAGAUUUUAAUUCUUUAGAUAUAGAAGCCUCUAGUCCAAUAGGAGAAAGUCUUAUAGAAAAAGUAAUUGCAGCUAAGAUUUCAACCAAAAUGAUGAAAGUGAAAUUAAAAACGCUAAAUGCUUAA